AUGGGCCAGAAUAAAUCUCGACUUUCGAAAGAAGAAAUCAAGAGGCUUGAGACGACGACGAAAUUCACCAAAGCAGAGAUCAAAGUCUGGUACAGAGGAUUCAUCCAAGACUGUCCCGAUGGCGAGCUGAAGCUCAACGAAUUCGCAGAAAUUUACCGGGGCUUCUUUCCCGAUGGAAACUCGCACGAGUUUGCGUCAAUGGUUUUCUCGGUUUUUGAUGUGAACGGAGAUGGGACUAUUCAAUUCGAUGAGUUUUUGAACGCCUUGUCGAUAACUUCAAAAGGCUCGAUGGAGGAGAAACUAGAAUGGGCUUUCCGAAUUUACGAUUUGGACGAUUCGGGCACGAUCGACAAGCAAGAAAUGGUCAAAAUCAUCAAUGCGAUGAUCUCUAUGGCUGGUUCUACUGGCGUAAAUUCGUGUGAAAAAGCGGAAGAUCGAGUGGAAAAAAUCUUCCAAAUCAUGGACGCUGACGGAAACGGAGAACUUUCCAGAGAGGAAUUUCUACAAGCUGCUCGAAAGGAUCAGAGCAUUGUUGCUGCGCUAAGCUUUAUCAGAUGUUAA